GUGCGCAAUAUUUAGGUAAUGCGCCACAAUUAGUUCGAACUGUGACAGUCAUUCUCUCUAUAUACUUUGCAUCAUAUGGAAAUGUAUUUGUAUUUGUUUUAUUGGUUUAUCACAAACAUCGCGUUCAGGCCUAGCAAACGAUAACCUUGGUCAAUAAAAAGUGAUCAGUUUUCUCAAAUGGAAAGACCUGUGCCAUUUUCACGUCCCAAACUGCCUAAAUCUAAGCAUCGUUUUGUCUCAUGGUCUGCAAAGCAAAAACAGAAAAAAUUCAAUCAGGCCUUAUCAGCGAACAGUUCAAAUGUCCCUCUUAAUUGUCCUUUAAUUGGAUGUUCUGGGAUUGGUCAUAUUAAUGGCCGAGAUACUGCACACGUGACCCUAUCUGGAUGCCCUUUGUAUCACAAUAUGAGCUUUGUGAAAUGGGCGGAGAUGCGUGCUCGGGAAGAAGGUCUUGUUGUUCCAGAAUCCAUUAGACGGAUAUCUCAAAAUUCACCAUCGCCUUCUAAAGUUAAACAAAGGGUCGACCGUUCACAUCAGUUUAAGACUACACAAAGGGAACCUGUGCUUGAUGAUUUAGCUAGUCAAGUGGAGUUGUAUCAGUUUCGUCGUGCUCAACAAAGAUUGGUUUCAACUUACGAGACGGAUGCCCGGGAACAUUUGCUUCUGUGUGCACGAGUAGCUUCGAAUUCAGGAAAUGUACCCAAUAAUGCAUUUUCCGAAAAUAUCGAGUUCGCUACAGAACAGCGCAUACGUUCUGUUAUUUUUGGGACAUGGGAUUUACAACCGUGGUACCACAGUAAUUAUCCUGCCGAUUUGAGUUGUCUACCUACCAUAUACAUUUGUGAAUUCUGUCUAUCUGGAAUGCGCCAUACAGUUGCAUAUAAUCGUCAUAAAAUUAAUUGUGAUCGAACGUUUCCUCCAGGUAAUGAGAUAUAUCGUAAAGAGAAUUUAUCGUUUUUUGAAAUUGAUGGACAAAAGCAUCAGGAAUACUGUCGAAAUUUAUGUUUAUUAGCUAAAUUAUUUCUGAAACAAAAAACAGUUCAUGAAUUAGAUCAAGUUCCUGCAUUUUUAUUCUAUGUAUUAACUGAAACAGAUCAAGAUGGUUCACAUAUUAUUGGUUAUUUCUCAAAACAAAAAGCUGAUGAUCAACGUGACAACUCCGUCAAUGUUGUGUACAAUAAUCUUUCGUGUAUUCUCAUUUUACCACCGUAUCAAUGUCGUGGUUUUGGUCGUAUGCUUAUUGAGAUGAGUUAUAUUUUAAGUCGACUAGAACAACGUAUUGGUACACCAGAACGUCCAUUAUCAGAUUUGGGCAUCAUUAUUUACAGAAGAUAUUGGCGUUUUGAAAUUUUAAAAUACCUAUCGUCAUUCACAGCUAAGUCAAUUAAUAUUCGAAGUAUGAGUCAAGAAUUAGGAAUAGCAGUUCCUGAUAUUGUAAGCACUUUAUUAGAUAUGAAGAUGCUUGUUUGCUAUCGGACACAAUAUUACAUAAUCAAUAAUAAACCUGACGUAGACGCUCUUUUGAGUACAAUUAAACCGCCUGCUACUGAUCGUUGUAUUGAUUCUACAUGCCUUCAUUGGACUCCUAAUGUUAAUAAUGUCAGUCAGUUGAGUAAAUCGCCUAGUAGUAGUACUCUUAGUAUUAGUAGUACUACUAAUCAAAAGCUUCAUAAAUCUAGUCUUAUGUCACCAAAUGAUUCAAUUGGAGCAAAUAUUUGAAGAUUUUUCUAGUUUAAUUAUUGUACAUUGAAAUAUUUAUAAUUGCUCUUGAAAUGUUACUUUCAUACCAACUCAGUCAAACUGAAUUCAUGUCGAUCGAAUUAAAGGAUGUUUAUUAUCAAAUAGACGAAACUAGUUGAUAACGUGAAUUUCAUCGAAAUUGUUACUUUGUCUAUGCUUACUUGUUUCAUUCAUUUGAAUUUCUAGUUUCGAUAAUUUCUUAGCUAUUAUCCAUAUAUAAGUUGCAUAUGAAAAACUUGUUACCAUACUUAUCAAAAAUAAUAUUAUUAAAUUUAUUUGAUGCUGUAAACACCAGUCUUUCACCUUAUAGAAAACAACAAUAAACAGUAUUUAAAUGUGAUUUUUCUCUGUCUAUAUUGUAUAAUGUCAUUUGAGUUUUAAUAUCUUUUUUUUUAAAGUAGAAUAAUGAUAUUAAUCUUACUGAUGAAAUGAUUUAGAAGGAUUAGAUGAGGAGUUUGAUCAUUAUGAAAUAUAAAAAACAGUUGUAUGUGAAUUAAUGAUUCAAUGUAUUUUCGUUAGAAAUAAAAAAACGGUUGUUUACCAGUUAAGUUGUUACAUUUUACUCCAUUAACUCUGUAAUUUUGGAUUAUUAUUGGUAAUAUUGGUACUGUACUAAUGAAGUCAUAAAUUAAUACCACUUAUUGAGACAUCAGGUGUCGGAUAGAAGAAUGGUUAAAACACUCAACUUUCAAUCAGUAGGUCACAAUUUCCUGACCUCACCUUCAAUUUAAACUAAUUGAUGUAACUAGUUUUCACUUAAAAACAUAUUGAAGCUGAUUUGCAUAAUCCUGUACUUAAUAAAUAAGUCGGUUUAUUUUUUGUCAAAAAGAUCCACAGUAAUUGUAGAUUUGUACUGACAAUUCAGGUGGGUCGGUUUAUUCGCUCACUGAUAGGAUGUAAAUUUCAAAUAUUACAUAAUACCCUUUGAUAUUCGAUUUGUACACUUUAUUAUAUUUUAAUUUUUAUACCUUUAAAUAAAAACUUAC